AUGACAUCUCGUAGAGUUUUAGGCGAGUUAAAUAUACAAAACAUAUCUGAACAAAACCUGUCUGCUGAACAAGAGCAAGCUAAUGCACAAAAAAACAAAAGGAGUAUCCCUGAACAAAACCUACCUGAACAAGAGCAAACUAAUGUACAAAAAAACAAAAGGAGCAUCUCGAUAAAAGAACCCGGCCGAAAGAUCAAAAAAGCGAAGAAACAUGAUAUAAAUGAACUCACGGAACUUGAGACAAGCUCUGAUAAAAAGGCGAAGAAGCAUGAUACGCAUGAACUGACGGAACUUGAUAAUAAAAAAGUAAAGAAGCAUGGUAUACAUGAACUUACAGAACUUGAAACAAUCCCUGAUAAAAAAGCAAAGGUGCAUGAUGUAAAAGAACUCACUGAACUCGAGACAAUCUCUGAUAAGCACGUUACCGAAACCAAAACAUUCUCAGAACUUUAUAAAAGCCAAUUUUCUCAGUGGUAUCUCGAAUUAAGGUCCGGAUUUAAUAUCUUAUUUUAUGGACAUGGAUCAAAAAAGGGGUUGCUUGAAGAGUUUGCUGAAGCCCAUCUUAGGGACCAGCCGCUUAUUGUAAUCGAUGGCCUCUGUUCGAAAUUAGAUAUUAAGGAGACUUUCAUGCAAAUUAUUGACGGCGUUGAUAUUGACGUUGGCAUAAAGCCUGGAACUCGUGCGUCUGUGGAAAAACUGACGACGUUAAUCCGAGAAUAUUUUUCAAAUCCUGAUCGAGAUUUUCAACGCUUAAACAUAGUGAUUCAUAAUAUUGAUGGACAAAAUCUUUGCACUUCGCAAAUACAGAAUUGUCUUAGCAUUCUUGCAUCUUGUCCCAACAUUUGUCUCGUCGCUUCUAUAGAUCAUAUCAACGCAACUUUACUUUUUGAUCAAGAUCGAGCAGCCAAGUUUAAUUGGGUUUGGCAUGAUAUUUCCGCGUUCCGAAUUAAAUCAGGUUUGGCAUGA